UCAUUUCUUGAAGAGAGUUAAGGAAAAGUCCUCUCUUCUAUCUUUCGGUUCGUUCUUCUUCUGCUUCCUCUCCACAUAACAGAGUAUGUUCUAUUCAGCAAUGUGAGUGACUGUGUCCGCUUCUAUCGAAUGGAUGCUCACGGUGAUUCGAUGGGGGACCUGGUGCCCCUUGGCGAUGACCGUAUUCUGGACAUUUGGAAUGAUAGUCAGGCGAUCCACGACGUUUUGUCCGGGAUUGCUGACGAUGCGAAAAAUGCCGCCUGGUCGUUGUCUGGUAAGUUGUCCCGGUUCUGAAUUGUGGUUUGAAGCAGUGAAGAUACUGGCAGUUGAAGGACGUCGGUGGCCAAGCACCUGGGUAUCGGCUGAGGACUUCAAAAUGGAAGUGCCGCAUUGUCUAUUCUAGUUAUUCUCAUCUGCACGAUGUUGUCUCUGUACUCGCUCAUAUAAACCUUGAAUACCUACAAUUCCU